AUGAUUUAUGGGCUCAAGCCAAUAAUAGUGAUCACUUUGCUCUUCUUUUUACUCGUCAAUGGUUACAAAAUUGUCUAUUGUGAUGAUAAUGGAUGCAUACCCCAGGAAUCUUUGUCUAUUCUUGAUAGUCUACCAUCUAGUACCAUCCUGUCAUUUCCCAUAAACUCAUCUGGUACGACAUCUACUGUCCAGACAAGCUUCCAUGAAGACGCUGUCGCCCACGCCGCAUCUAGUGUCUCGGAGAAUGCUUCUUCAGAUUCGAGCAACUGGAAAAUCAUUAUGGGAAGCAUUGGUGGCAUUUUUGGUGCUGCUUUGGUCGCUGCAGCCAUAUUUGUGAUUAGGCACGCCCGCCAAAAGCCUCUUCUUUUGGGAGAAGCAGGCAUUGGAAUUUUCUCUACUGACAAUGAUCGUCAUCCGCUAAGCUCACCCAAUCUUGAGGCGGUCGAGCAAGAAAAAGGCGUGGAUGACCAAAUGGAGACGGUCAGAAAUGCCAGACACAUUGACGCAGUCUGCGUUAUACCCAUGGACGAUGCAAAAAGUUCUUUGGCCAACAGGGAGUGGAAACAGCUCAUGAAAGCAAUUUAUCAACAAGGAUUGCAUAACAAGUCUCGUCGAGAGAUUCAGAGCAAGAAGAAGAAUAAGGCAACUACAAGCAAGGGGAAUAUUAAGAAAAAUAGUGGUAUGAAGCAGGAAGAGGCUUCCAAUCAACAAGAAGCCUGCGACCAAGAAGAUGGUUGCAAUCAGGAAAAGUAUCCCUCCCAAGAACAAAAUCUAACAUCUGUCCAAGGCGAGAAGCUUACAAGUCGCAUUUCAAGAGCUUUAGACCUUGUGGAGCCCACACCGAACCGAUUGUCAUCCACCACUAUUGAUGGUGUACCAUACCUUCGCUCUCAGUCAGUGCCUAAUUUGGUGUGGUCCCAUGCCCGCAGUUCUGCUCGACCUUUUGCUGAUUCAUCAAAGCCAACUCUUGAUUCUUUGCUGAAUAGUCAGUUCCAAGAAUUCACUGAGGUUGAUCCGGCAGCAACGUUAAACCUUCCAUGGCUCACCUUGCCUAAUAUCUCUAACUACUCACAACAGGCUGUUCUUCUGGGUGAAGGCAACAGCAGCACUGAAGAGCAAAGCCUUCAGCUGGAGAACGAAAAGAACAAAGAGAGGACAUCAACAGAGGAGCCCCAAAAUGUCACCAAGGAAGAGGCGAAUGAAGAGUCGCUGAUCCGUCGAUUUAUACGAGAAACAGAGAGCUUAGAGCAAGUUGAGCUAUCGCCUUCGGUAAUCGAAUUAAUCAAACAGUGCAAGAUACCGGUUGGGCUUCCCAAAAACUUUAGAGAAAAAUGCGUCCCAGUUCACUUUAGAAUAUACGGGUUGGAGCGUAUGGAACGUGAAAAAGUAAAGAUUGAAGAAAUCAACAAGCUAGUUCCCUAUGUUUUCGAUGGGCCUAACAAGCAUCACUAUCCUGCACAGUAUCAUCAUGUCCUAGAGCGAGAUGUCCAAAGAAUCAAGAAUAGAGGCAAAGAACCAGUCAAUGAGAAAUCUCCAUUACCACCUGCUAAAAAGAAGAAGUCAUUUUCAUUUUCAUUUUGGCAAAAAAAAACAAGAAAGUUCACUACAGCCAUGAUUCGACGCACAGACAUAUCACUUGAAGAUCUUAAUGCUGAUUCUGCUUCUUCAAGCUCUAAAGGUGUAAAGGAUACUCAACAGAAUAAGCAAGCUGCAAGUACAUCGUAUGGCUCUAGCUCCCAGACUGAUGUCGUAAACACAGAAUUGAUGCAGCCAACCCAAAGGACUGGCUCAUCCCUUCAGAUGCCAAAUAGGAUCGAUUUAUCUGAAUCACUUCGAUUGCAAGAAAAUGAAGUGUCUUUGCAAGUAGCUGACAAAGGGAUGGAUGUGCAAAUUAUUUCUCCUGCUUUGGCAGGCAUCUCAGCUGCUCCUUUUUCAUCCACAAUUAAUUCAAAUGUAACAAAGGAUACUAGAACGACACCUCAUUCAUCAACCGAGCCUGGAUCAUCCUCAGCAUCAAGAACCAUAAAACACUAUGAAGACGCAAUUCCGCAUACAGUGAGGAGGCUUUUAAACCCACCCACAAAUAAGUAGAUCGUAUAACAAGUCGUAUAGAAUUUCCGUUAUUUCCUAUAGAUUAUAUUUAUUUUGUUCGAACUAUAAAUUAGAAUUAUUAUUUAGACCUUUCU